CAUAUGAUCACUUUUCACAUGACCGAUGGUCACUCGUCAUCGCCCAUUUUUCGAUAUUUUUAUGACAGUUUUCACAAGUUUUCGGACUAAAACCUAAUAUUUUAGUCCACUAACGUCCACUAGUGUAGUACAAAGAUGGCGUUUUGCCGUUUACUGUUCCCGUUGCUAGUUCUAAGCGUGGCCAGUGCGUCGACGGUGCCAGUGUUCUUAUGGGGCGACUUAUCCAGUAGCUCUGGAAACUCCCUGAAAUCGAACCCAUUGAGCACGGUGUCCGCUCAAGGGUUCAGCGAAAUUUUGAAUAAUGAGCUGAAAGACGACCCCUACGUGAUAGUAUUCCUUGAAGAAACCUUAUCGGUCGAAGAUUUUUCACGUAAAAAUAACGAAGGUGAUAUUUCGAUUCCGUACCUGUAUGAUAAUUUAAGUGACGCUCUGUACUUGCCUUCCGUCGAGGAUGCCUCAAGAGUACUCGAGGAGGUCGCCAAAGGAGCUGUUCAUGUAAAACUCACCCAAAACGGACUCUCUGCAGCCAUUGAAGAUAAAAAUAACAGGUUUAUGUUCAUCGCCUUGAAGGAUGCUAUGGAAGGCGAGUCACGUUACGACCUCCUCCGGCGCCAUAGCAACUUUAUGGAGGACCAGAUAUCUAAGCUGGAGAAGAAAGGUGAUGUAAUAGCUGUAUACACUGCCCGAAACCCAUCAUGGACCAUUCCGGACACCCACUCAAGGGUUCGUCGUCAAGCCAACUCUUCUGUAACCAACGGACCUGAUUACUCAUUAGACGGUCUGCGUUUGUACUUAACCGGCGUUACAUUAGACCACAGCAAUGCCAGCAUGACAUUCACAAACUAUGCAGGCGGCUCAUCUGAAUACAAUACAACAACUGGAGUCUUGAACGGCACUUUAAACUUUGAUCAGGGAAGCCUGACUCUUAACUUCCACAGGGCCGCAGGAUAUUGGUUCUUUGACACCGUGCACUUUGUCCAGACCAAUCCGGCUGUUGACGAGAUCCUCUAUGCCACUGACGACUUGAAUGCCCUGCUCGACUUUUCUUAUCGUUGCAAACAGUCUGUCAGCUUCAAGAGUAUCAACCAGACACAAGAGUACAAGGUGUCGUUUAUCGAUAUAAAGGUGCAGCCGUUCUUUGGUCCAACAAACGCUUCGACUCCGUUUGGGGAUUCCUUUAACUGCGUCGGAUUCUUCUCUGCCCCCAUCUGGUCCGGUCUGUUCGUUGUGUUCAUAUUGCUGUCCAUAACCUUCUAUGGCAUCAUGACCAUGAUGGACAUUAAAACCAUGGACAGGUUCGAUGACCCGAAAGGCAAAACCAUUACCAUAAACGCAGGAGAGUAAUUAAAAAAAUAUUGAAAUACAUUUAUACGCGAUGUUAGGUUUUUUUUUGGUAUAAUCUGUAUAAUGCUCGCGGUACAGAUAAAAUCUAGAUGUACAUUUGUUUUUUUUUUAAUCUGUAGUUUAUUUUCGAUAUCUGGUUUUGCGUUCGUGUACGCUUUCGCUCUUUUUUUUUUAACUGGUAUACAUUUUUUCUUGUUAUUUUUAUCAAGUAUUUUUUUGUUUUCGGAAACCUAAUGUUCGCGUAUAUAAUAGUAAAUAUGAAACGUCUGUCUAUUUCUGGUGCUCUCGAGAAGAGUCUACAACGAGCUCAAAAAACUAUAAAAAAAACCACGAAUAUUUAUUUGAAAGGAUAAUAAUUAACAAAAAUAAAUAAAACUAAAGAUAAUGUUAACGUAUUUUUAAAUAAGUAAAAUAUAUAUAUAUAUAUAAAUUUAGCGAGAAUUCCUACUAAUGGUGCCUCAACAAAAGCAAUAGACAAUAUAAUAAUGGACCCUAAUGUAGAUUAAAAAAAAACAUUCCCAAAAAAAAUGGGUCAAUAAUGAAUGCUUAUAUUUAUAUUAAUAUACUUAAUAUGCGAAAAGAAAUAUAUUUACUAGAAUGUAAGCAAAAAUGUGCCUAAACAUAAACCUAUAAGGCCUUACUCACGAUGAGCGUUAGAAAAGCGGCGUUUUUAAAGCUAAGUUACUAAAUCGCUUGUACCUCACUGUCGUAAAAUAUUGAAGCAUAAAUUACUAAAGACUUGGCCGAAUUUUAUCACGAUUCUUCUAGAAAUGGUCUUUUGGAUUUUGAGCGACUAACUAUUUUCACUCAUCGUGACUUAUGGUCGUUAGUGAUUCAACAGCCAAAUAACUGGCUGUUAGCAGUAGAAUGGAAAGUGAUCACGAGAAGCGAAUGUCUUUCAACCGUUUGCCCAAUUUAGGAGUGGAUAAAAAAACUUACAAUGAUGGCCGCGUUCGAAAAGGCUCUUGUGGUACGCUUUAUAAAUAAAUUUGAAGCUUUUAAAUAUACAAGUUAUGCCUUAAAAUAAGCACAAUAACGACGACGUUUGAUAUUCCGAGCUUUUGAGUAUAUAUAUAGUGUUUAAAAUUAUAAUAGAAAAAGAAAUACAAAAAAUAAAAAAAUAAAAACAAUGUGUAACUAAGUACUAAAAGCCCCUCCAUUAUGGUGCCAAUUCGUGUUGUAUUUUCGAAUAAAUAAAUAGAUUGUAGAAUAAAACCAUGAUUGUUCGUAACAAGAUUUUGUGAAUUUAUUUACGGCCCUCUACGGCUUUGUUUGCCGAAGUUUUCCCAUGAAAAAAAUCCGACGUUAAAAAAUGUGUGUACGUACAUUGAUUUCCAGUAUUCUAUUUCGAGCGUCAGAACGCAGCGUCAAAUCCGUUCGUACGAACGAGCCCUUAGUUUGUAAGCACAACACCGAUCCGUGUAAAUAGCGCUUUUGAAAACAUAUUAUGUUAAAGUUUUGUUGAGAUAUUUUGAUGAAGUAUUAAAAUGUUGUGUGACCGAA